CGCGCCCGCGGGCGGCGGGGGAGCGCGCAGCCGCGGCCCCAGCCCCGCGCCCCCCAUCCGCGGGGAGCGCGGGCGCGGCAGCCCCGACCCCGCGCGGGCUGCUCCCCGAGCGCGCCGGCGUCGGUUGGAGGCCGGCAUGGCCCGGAGCCCGGCAGCGCUGCUGCUGCCGCUUCUGAUGCUCCUGCUGCUGGCCACCCCUGCCCAGGUCUCCCCCGACUACCAUUACUUUGGCGAGCAGGGCGAAGGAGACACCUGGGAGCAGCUGCGGUUGCAGCAUCGGGAGAAAGAGGAGGACACAGGGGUCGACCCCCCCUACCUGGCCCUCCAUCCCUAGAGGUGGAGAACUCCAUCUUUGGCCCGUGGGGAAAGUGGCGCUGUUUGUGUGACGUGGGCAAGCAGGAGCGCAGCCGCGAGGUGCUGGGGGCAGCGCUGGGCCUGGUGUUCAUGGACCGCGAGAACCUGGUGCAGGUGCGGCCCUGCGGGCAACGAGAUUGUUCAUCCUGCAAGCCGACAGACUGCGACUGGAGGCCCUGAGCCUGGCCCCAGCGUGCGGGGCUGCAGAGGCCCCGCGGCGGAGCUCGGAAAGCGACCCCGCCCACCCGGUUCCCCAACAGCGGAGCUUGGCCGUCCGCCUCGGGAACUACAAUUUCCAGCGAGCUGCGCGGCAGCGGCGUCUGCUGCGCGCCGACGUCUGCGGCGGGGCGUGUCCUGCGCCGAUUGGUCGGGAGCGAGCGCCGCUGCGGGGCCCGCGGAAAACGCGCGCCGAGACCAGCACCUGCGGACCUGGUUUCUGCGGCCGAGGCGACAUGGAUCUCAGCGAGCUGGAGAGGGACAAUACGGGCCGCUGCCGCCUGAACUCGCCUGUGCCCGCGGUGUGCCGCAAACAGCCCUGCGCCCUGGGUGUCGAUGAGGCGGGCCGGGGCCCGGUGCUGGGCCCCAUGGUCUACGCCAUCUGUUAUUGCCCCCUGUCCCGCCUGGCAGAUCUGGAGGCCCUGAAAGUGGCAGACUCAAAGACCCUGUCGGAGAGCGAGCGGGACAGGCUCUUUGCGAGAAUGAAGGAGGACGGGGACUUUGUGGGCUGGGCACUGGACGUGCUGUCUCCAAACCUCAUCUCUACCAGCAUGCUUGGGCGGGUCAAGUACAAUCUGAACUCUCUGUCCCAUGAUACGGCCGCUGGGCUGGUGCAGUAUGCUUUGGACCAGGGUGUGAAAGUCGCCCAGGUGUUUGUGGACACCGUGGGGAUGCCAGAGACAUACCAGCAGCGGCUGCAGCAGCGCUUUCCCGGCAUUGAGGUGACGGUCAAGGCCAAGGCAGACUCGCUCUACCCCGUGGUCAGCGCCGCCAGCAUCUGUGCUAAGGUGGCCCGAGACCAGGCUGUGAAGAACUGGAAGUUUGUGGAAAAGCUACAGGACUCGGACACUGAUUAUGGCUCCGGCUACCCCAACGAUCCCAAGACGAAAGCGUGGUUGAGGAGGCACGUGGAGCCCGUGUUCGGCUUCCCCCAGUUUGUCCGGUUCAGCUGGCGCACGGCCCAGAGCAUCCUGGAGAAGGAGGCGGAAGACGUUGUCUGGGACGACUCGGUGGCAGAGGAUCAGGAGGGAGUUGGGAGGAUCACGGCCUAUUUCGAUGAAGGCCUCCGAUCGCGCACCCGGCUGCCCCACCGGUACUUCCAGGAGCGCGGCCUGGCGCCGGCCGCCACUCUCUAGGAGCCGGCCUGUCUGCCCCCUUGCCCGCCCCCUCCCGAGUUUGUGAUUAAAAUUGUUGAAGGAAGGCCCAGUGUG